CAAGCGUCUCCAGUAAGCGCUCGUCAUCUCGAGAAGUUCCUCUCUUCUGCGGAAAUCUUUGCUAUAUGAACGCUUUCAUUCUUCAUCAUAAUACUAAUAUGACAAGCAUAAACAUAUGAAACGACAGACAGAAGACACGUACUCAAAUAUUAUUACAGAUCAUUUCUGAGGCUCAUUAUUGUGUACGGAGCGACUGCAGCGUGUGAAAGAGAUGAACCUGAGUCCGCCUGAACACAGCAUGGACGGCAGCAAAGCCGAGCACUUGCUCCCUUGUUUCCGCAGAAGUGUGUUUGACGAGCCUCUGGCUUCCUACCACAGCGGCUCCAUCAUCUCUCACCUCCUGCGCAAAACCCUUCACAAUAAACUCACCUCCCUGGACAACAACAACCUCCUUUACCUGCCCUCCGCAAACGCCAGCGGGCUCGAACCCGAGUCCAACAGCACCGACGACUUCGCUCAAGAAGAGCAGAGCAGAACGUCCUUCAAAGACGAGGAUCUGUCUGUAAACGAGCACCUCCAAGCCAAACGCGCCCGGGUGGAGAACAUCAUACGAGGCAUGGCUGCUUCGCCCAACGCCGACAGAGAAGCGGAAAGCGAGAGCGAAGCCGUCCGCUGUAGAAGAGACCUCCUGAAGGAGAACAAACGCAAGCAGAGGCUCCCCCAGCACCAGGAGCCCAGUCAGUCCCACACAAAGACCGGCAAAGACGAGGAGUGCCACAAACUCAAAGAGCAGCUCCGAAGCAUGCAGCGUCUCCUGCAUCAGCUCCAGGAGAAGAUCUCGCACGUGCACGAACAGAAUUACUCGGAGAACGAGGAACGGGAAGACGCCGGGUCAGAGCUCUCGAGUCUGAGGCUGGAUGGUGGAUGCAAAGACCAAGUCAAAGUGGAAGCCGGUGGUUUCGGGUCCGACAGGGCGAUGAAGAACCUCAGAGAGACUCUUAAAUGCGAGCUGACCAGGACUGUGGGCGAAAGCAUCGAUGCGGUCUUCAAGAAGCUCUCCACCAAUCUUCUAAAUCAGCUAUCCCCGUGCCACAGUCCGGACUGCUCGGAAACCGAGAAGCGGAUCCCAGAGGAUUUCCCUUCAGAUCUGUCGGACUCUGAGGAAAACGUCAAAAGCAGGCACUGCUUUGAGAGCCACGGCCCGGAGCACCAGACCGAAGCCUUGUCCCUAGUGGUGCGGAAACCUUCCCUGAGCCAGGCUGUGAAGAGACCCUACCCGCUGCACCAGACGCCCUUCCAGAUGGGCUACGGCGGCGCUCCUCUGCACGACAGCCAGAUCCUGGAGCACCUGCUGAAGUACGGCCCGCACUCCACCUUCUGUCUGGAGCGGCCCUCGCCGGACCCCAUGGAGCGUCCCUGGGAGAGCCUGGCCAUGAGAUCCAAGCUGAGCUCGGGGCAUCUGGGUCAGCACCAGACUGGACUGGUGUCGGUGGACGCGCUCUGCCUUCCUCACGUCAAGAUGGAGUGCGGAGAUCUGCAGAGCAUGGCUGAGAGGAGCUCCUUCAUGACCCUCAAUAUCCAGGAAGGUCUGACCCCAAACCAUCUGAAGAAAGCCAAGCUGAUGUUCUUCUACACACGCUACCCCAGCUCCAGUCUGCUCAAGAACUUCUUCCCUGAUGUCAAGGUCUGUACUGUUUUACCAGAUUAAUGUCUCUGCUGAUGCUAAUUCUUAUGUUUCGUGCACAAUUACAGGCCUGUUUAUUUGAGGUCUUUUAUAAUUCAUGUAUUUCGGCCAGCACUGAAUUCACAUGUAAACAAUCCAUUGUGAUUCGAAGUGAUCUUUAGAGCAAAACCGUAUUUAAAAAAGCUUUCAGCUUUCAGAUGAUGUAUAAAUCACAAUUUCAAAAAAUUGACCCUUAUGACUGGUUUUGUGCUCCAGGGUCACAUAUUUAGGCGCUUGAGCAAAUAUUUCUGAAUGUUGGGGUGGCAGCUCCUGAAUUGCUGGUUUAACUUUGACAAAGUUAAAAGAGGAGUUUCUCAAGUCAGCAAAAGGAGACAAAAGAGGCGGCGGAGAGGAGCACGACCUCCUCUAUUCAGCGUUAACCCUUCAGCUCGCCAGCUUUCAGCACACACAAUAGCAGAGCGCUGAGCGCGGGAUAGGCCCUGCAACAACACACACAUCCUGUGAGUGUGUGACGUGUCCUGAGGCACAAGUGUUGUGAUGAGUCAACACAACAGGAAAAAUCUGGUGCAUCUGAGCGCUUGCAUGUGAUUUCAUGACUCCCUGUUGAAUAAGUUGAGUCAGUUUAAAGUCCAGUGUCAGGAAAUACUGUGCUUAAAACAACAACAACAACAAAAAAGGUGUAAUCAAUUUUUUUUUUUUUUAUACAUUAACUUUCAAAUACUAGUGCCGAGACCAGCAUAGACACUGAAGCAUCUCUGUUAGAUAAGUGAGAGCAAAAAAAAUAUGUGUUUUUAAAUGGCAGAUUUCAUAAACUAUCAUCCAAAUAUGUGA